UUCAGCGGCGCGCCAGCCUCCAGCUUUGUCCGCGUGCCAUCAAGUGCCCGCGGCGGAGCCAUACGGAAAAGAGGUUCUGGUGCGUCCGUUUGGGCGGUUCAGAUCCGAUGCCUAAGGCAGGUUCUUCGUUGCACGGCCUGAUGAAGAGCAUGCAGGCUCUGUGCAAAGCCGCCCUUUUCGCGAGCAUGCUGACGCAUGCCGCUGCCCAGGCGAACCCCGAGUGCGUCUUCGUGAGCGGCAAUUCCAGCAACAGCUCCAACAUCAGUAUCACGGACCUCGCAGGGCUGAAGGCCGUGAAGUAUGCACCGCACAUGAUGGGUGCCAACUUCAACGACAAGUACAACUCGUUUCUGUCCAGCCUCUACCGCCGAGACUUGGAGCUGAUUUCUGAGCAGCUGGGUGCGAACGCAGUGCGGCUCAUGGCGCCGGACUUCGCUCUGCCGGACUCGGGGUCCUGGAAGCCCUUCCUGGACACCUGCACCUCCUUCAACCUCUCGGUGGUGCCCACGUUUUCCAUCCAGCACUACCUCGCGGAGGGUUUAGCCGCCAGCGAGAUGGAAGCGCUGAUCCAAGAGAAGUUCGGGCCCUUCAUGCGGUACUUCGUCCAAGGCGGCGGGGCGCUGCCCUUUGGCUCCCACCCUUGCCUCUCCACCGGGGGGACGCUCCACGAAAGCGUGAAGUUCUGGAGCGUGGGCGGGCUGCCGACCCUGGAGAACCUGGUGGGCAGCUCCCGGCUCAUCACCAACGGGUACAGUGCGGCAGAUGACAGCUCCCUCAUCGAGCGAAGAUUUACCAGGAUCGCCCUCCGCGCCGUCUACAGCUGCGUGGCCCAGAUGUUGGGCGGCACCGAGGCCGAGGCGCGGGGCGCCAACAAGAUCGCGCUGGCGGUGGACAUGAGCUUCCCCGCGGCGACGGUGGGCACCAAAGCCUUCCUCCCCGGGCUGGAGGAUAUGAUGAGCUCCUUCGAGCGAUCCGACUUCGAGGGGGAGUUGUUCGACAUCUGGAUCUUGGAGGUGAAGCUCCCGCCGGUGGAGAGCGCGGUGAGCGCCGUGAUGGAUGCCUUCGAGAACCUGAACAAGACCCAUGCCGUGCGGAAGCCCCUGAUCCCGCAAGUGGGCGUGGCCUCGGCGGUGCGCAGAGAUCGCAAGCCGAACCUAGUGCCAGACCUGCAGCAGGAGAUGCUGCUGGUGGCCUGGAACCGCACCCAGCAGAUGGCCUGCGGCUCAAUGAUCGUGGACGAGUUUGCGGAUGACUGGACGCGCAGCGUCUCCCGCGAGUGCCAGUCCAACGGAGACAGCGAUCUCAUGCAGACCUUCUGCGGAGAGCCCUCUGGCUUGCUGAAGGAGACGGAUAUUGUGCCCGACGAGUUUUUGGGCCUGGUGUCGCACACCAACUGGUUCCUACACAGCUGCGUGCGACCGCGCUGGGACAAUGCAGCGGUCAUCCAAGCCUUCGAGCUGAGCUUCUGCCUGCCAUUCAACGCGAGGAGCAAAACUGGCGGCUUUCACUUCCACUGGCCGAGCCCCCCCAGUGACGCCACGCCUCCGUGCUACUGCGUCUUGCCGAGCCACCUCCAUGUGUACAACGUGGAGGGCUCUCUGCCCUCCUUGUUCGUCUGGUUCGGCGGCCUGGCGGCCAUUCUGCUGGCCUUUGGCUUGAUCAAGGUGACCCGCCAGACCCGGGAGGCGGCGUUGUCGGCGGGGCGGCUCACCAUCCCCAAGGCGGUGGCCUACUUCGACAACCAGCUGGGCAUGGGCCGCUCCGCCGCGCUGCGGCGGCACCGGCCGUCCGUGCCGAAGGGCCACUCGGGCAUCUCCGCACCCGGGGAGAGCUAUGAGAUGGUUCUGACCCUGGAGUGCCGCGCCUUUGCCAACGACCCGCGCCGGCGCAUGGGCGUGGACGAGGGAGUCAGCAUCACAGUGAAGGCCAAGAGUCAACACUGCGAGGUGGUCUCGCAGCUGGUGCGGAACGCCUGGGGCGUGCAGCAGAGAUUGCUGGAGAACCAUGUAAUGGCAGAAGAGAGGUGCCUGGCCCUGCGCUGGCACCAAUGGCAGGAGGACACCUUCGUGAUCGCGGUGACCAACGUCUGGCGGCGCGCCCUCGAGAGCUACCACCUUUGGGUCGGCCAACCGCGCGAAGCUACCAAGCCAACGCUCACCAUGUUCCAAGAGACGCUCCUCUUCUAUACGAUGCAGGCAGUGGCAGAACAGGUGAUGCACGCGCCCGAGAUCAUGAAUGCGUUUUUCCACAUCCUCAUCAGCGAGGAGACGGGGAACAUGCUUCGCUACGAUCUGAUGUGCAAGAUCAUUGACGAGUACAUCCACAACAGCGACCCAUUCUAUUCGCGCGGUCUCACUUUGGACGACAUCAACGAUGCGGUGCCGCGGCGCUUGGGGAGCACCUCGCUGGAGGAGCUGGAGAGGAAGCUGAAGCACUGCACCCACAGGGGCCCCAUCAUCUCCAAGCUCUACCCGGCGCGCGGCAUGUUCGCGGGCCUGAAGUUGGCCCUGGACUUUCGGCCGGCCUUCGAGCUGAAAAGCAUGCUUGGAGUCGCUGCCUACGGCAUCUUCUCAGAGGACCUUUCGAAGCGGCCCUUCUGGCUGUUCCAGCGCUGGGCUUGGUACCAUGCCGUGGUCCUCGCAUUGGUGGAGCUGGCCACCGUCUGGAACCUGGGCUACAUCCACAACUCCGCCCCGCGGCGCUGCGAGAUGCUGAAGCGCCUCAUCGGCCUGGUCACCUCCGUGGCUGUCGUGGCCUUGGAUACGGCGAUGGCUGGCACAGACAUUGCCAAGUGGGUGAGCCCUGGCUUCCUGCUCUGGCGCGCCGUGUACCUGACCCUGCUCCGGAACAACUUGCCCAUCCCGGGGUUCCGGCCCUCGCAGCCCUUCCCCCAGGGGCCGAAGGACCCGAAGCCCAAGUUCGACUCCGAAGGCGCCACAGCUCCGUUCCUGAAGCGGCUCUUCUACUGGAUCUGCGUCAUGGGGUUCUGCUUCCUGGGGGAGAUCUACGUGGUCUUCCCGGUGAUGCAGGGCCUGAGCUUCGACUCCCUCUGCUCCAGCCGCUGCACGCCGCUGCCCUGGCGCUCCGAGUGCAUCGCCUGCAACUGCAGCAUGUCGAUCCUGUACAUGAUGCUUGGCUCCAUGCUGUGCAUCGACGUCUUCAUGGGCCACGUGCUCUUCACCUCCGUGGUGGGAAUCAUCCUGGGCACCCAGCGCGGGCUCAACGGCAUGCGCAAGGCGCCGGACUCCGCGGUGUUUCUGUCGGACUCGGAGCUGGGCGUGGGGGAGAACAACCCCAGGGCCGGGAAGCUGAUGCAGCGGGUCUUCGGCAACGGCUGGCGCCACACCUGGAACUUGAUCUGCUACCGGCUCUGGAAGGAGGAUCUGCUGAGCAUGGCGGAGUCGGAUCAGCUGAUGCAGAUGGCCUCGAAGAGCAACUCCGACAAGAAUCCGGACGCGCCCGUCUACCUGCACACUUUGCAUCCGGUGGUGCGCGAGCGCUUUACCUUCUUCUUCGCCUCGCUGCGUACCAUUUGCGAAGACCGGCUACGGAUGGAGGAGAACCCGCCCAUCUCGCACCACGGCAUCUUCCGCACACACGACAUCAUGCCGCUGUCGCAAGUGCUGCCAGCAGUGAAUGAGGAGGUCAUCCUGCAGGAUCCCUUCCUGCAGGGGAACAACGGCGCGAACUUGAAGUGGAUCAUUAUGAAGUACCCCCAGGAGUGGCAGCGCCUCACGGCCCGCCUGGCGGAGACCAAUCUGCUGCUGCGAUACCUGGGCAAGGCCCAGCCGCCCGUGAGCGACAAGACCCGUAUUGAGGUGCGCCUCUGGGCCUCCAUGCGCUCCCAGACGGUGAUGCGCACCGUGCAGGGCGCCGUGAACUACCACAUCGCCUUAGAGGCGAACCCGACGAUCGUGUCGCCGCACUCGACGAUCACCAAGCGACAGCAGCUUGAGAAGUACGUGGAGUUGGUGUGGUCCCAUCAGACUCACGGAGAGGACAACAAGAAAGACAGCGACGUGCGACGCCUGCUGUCCUUGUACGAGGACUAUCCCAUCUACCUGGUCUUCGACCUGGACAUGGUGCACCUCACCACCUUGGACCGGAAGAUCAUGGGCCAGAUGGUGCGGCGCCGCCUGCGCCACGAGAUGGGGGUGACGGACGAGUACUUUGACGACACCCACUUCUUCGACCACUUCCCCUACAUGUCCUGCAAGGCCAUGUAUCGGAAGCGGCCUCUGUUGGAUGAGCGCCGCAAACUCAUCCGCGAGCUCGAGCUCACCAAUCUGGACGCCAAGUUCAUCGCCUCCCAGGUGGAGACCUUCGACCCCACCAGCGUCUUGAACUUGGAGCUCAUGGAGGCGAUGCCGCGGCGGCUGCCCUUGAUGAUCGGCAAGAACAAAGGGAACCUCACCCAGGGCAAGGCCGGGAACCAGCUCAUGGCCCUCCGCUUCUGCAAGGGCUUCGCCCUGCAGGCCAUGGACGCCAACAUGGGCUCCUUCAUCGGAGAGGCCUUCAAGGUGCCCAUGGUGCUGAAGCGCUUCCAGCCCCGGGGCUCCCGGCGAGACGUGGUCACCGCCAGGCUCAUCGGCUUCCGCGAGCACAUCUUCACGGUGGCGCACGGCAUCUGCGGCGAUAUCAACGCGGUGGCGGAGUGGUGCUUCGGUACCUCCAUCCAGCGCGUGCAGACGUGGCUGGGGGUGCGCAUGCACUACGGGCAUCCCGACUUCGUCGAUCUUUACUGGGCCCGCAACCGCGGAUCCAUGAGCAAGGCGACGCCGCACAUCAACCUGUCGGAGGAUAUCUACCUGGGCUUCAACGUGAAGAACCGGGGGGAGAAGUCGGACCACUUCGACUUCUUGGAGUGGGAGAAGGGCCGAGAGGUGUCGUUUAACGCGGCGAGUACCUUCUUGUACAAGAUCUCCGGAGGGAACAUUGGGGUCUGGCGAUCCAAGGACCUCACCGAGAGCGCCAUGGUCUUGCCCACUAUCGAUUUGCUCUCCUUCUACUUUGCCACGGUGGGGUACUUCGUGUCCUUGACGGUCAUCGACAUGACCAUGUACCUCUACGUGGGCUUCCACCUCAUGUUGACCAUGGCCUCUGUGUCUUUGCAUGAGCUGGGGAGCUUGGGCACCACCAUGUCGGUGGAGUGGAUCCUUGGGCCCGGCUUCUUCAUGUAUCUGCCGCCACUGUUCGAGGGCCUCUUGGAGUACGGCGGCCUGGCCGAGGGCUUCCGCCGCAUCGUGGUGGGCUUCGACUCCACCGCCAGCAUCCUGCCCGCUGGUUUGCUGUAUUGGGCCUUGACGCUGAUGUUCUUCACCUUCCAGAACAAGACCAAGUCCUCCGCCGUUCGCCAGGCGCUGCGCACGGGCACCGCGACGUACCGCGCCACGGGGCGGCCCAACGCCAACACGCGGCUCACGCUGCUGGACACCUUUCUGCAGUACCGGCAGAUGCAGUUCCAGGACGCCUGCCUCUUCCUCUACUACUACGUCCUCUACCGCAGUGCGAACAUGGGCAUGGCCGGCGCUCUGCCUAUGGCCACCAUCAUCUUUGCCUGCAUCUGCUGGCUCAUCGUGCCCACCCUCUUCGCGCCGUACCCCACCUGGAAGAACCUCUGCGAGGACGUGGAGUCCUUCUACCACUUCAUGAUGCGGUGCCCUGCCGACCGCAGCCGCGCCGAGCUGUACCACACCAGGAUGUGGAUCACCAUCUCAGCCAGUGGCAACAAGCCGGCGCAGGACCCGCCCAAGGCCGGCGCCAAGGGCCAGCCUGGAAACCUCUUCGAGGUUCUGCUGCAGGCGGCCAUGGAGCAAGACUCCCGCUUCAACUACCGCUUCACGGACGACUGCAUGUCUCUGGUCUGGAGCUGCUGUCGCACCACCUUGCUCUUCGCAGUGCUGCCCUCCUCCUGCAUCGAGGCCUGCGAGUUCUGCCUCUUCAUGUGGGUGGUGCACGCCUUCCUGGUGCUGGCCUUCGGCGUCUUUGUGGACCUCCUGUGGAUCGCGGUUUGCUGGCUCCUCUUCCUGUUGCUCUUCGCGAAGGCCACCUCCUUCAGCACCAUCCUCCUCGCCGGCAUGCUCUUCUUCUCCUUCUUGGACUCCGUGUCCAAGGUGCUGCUCUUCCUGAGCCGCCGCUGGCGGAAGUUGCCGGGCCGCGGCAGGCCCGUCACCGCCAAGAACGUCCGCGUGGGUAUGAAGGUCCUGCCAGGAAAGGACUGGAUGUACGACAUGAAGAAGGACGACGCCAAGCAGAACGCCGCCGCCGGCUGCUCCAUGGUGGGCACGGUGACCAAUUGCGACGACUGCCAGGAGCUGGGCUACUGCGAGGUCCUGUGGGUGAACGGCAUGGAGGGCCGCUACCGCAUCACCACCUCCUGGCAGACGGCCAGCGAUUUGCGGCGACACCCGGAUUGGUACGCGGUGUGCGUGGAGGCGACGGUGCUGAUGUUCGGUACCUAUCACCUGAACCUUUUCGUGGCCUUUGUGGCGAUGAUCGGCCAUACGUGCGCUGCCAUCGUCCUCAUCUUCAUCGACAGCAACUGGUUCGGCAACUGGCACGCAAAGAUGAUGCGCAUGCCCACCGCGAUGGAGAUGGACCAGGCUCACACCAUCGAGGGCGCCGGCAAGAGCGGCUCGGUGGGCGCUCCGCCCAUCGCCAUGACGGAGCUCCAGGAUCAGAUCGUCCUGGAGGACUUGAAGCGCGAGCCCUGGGCCAAGCGCGAGCUCAAGCCGAAGUCGGACCCAAUGCCGCCGGCAUGCAUCAUGGACGACCCGGCAUACAGGGGCGCGGAGUGGAAGGAGGUGUGCCGUGUGAAGCUGAAGAAGGUGGCGGUCCGAGCCUCCGUGACCAACCUCCGCAGGGAGUUCAAGAUUGUGGCGGUGGCCGUGGAGAGCCGCGACGGGCUGGAGUGUGGCCUGGACGUGCCGCUGCAGACCGGCGGCUCCGUCCUGUUCGGCUUCGAGAACGGCGUGGAGAACUUCGAAAAUUUGCGCGGACUGCUGGGGCUUACGGAGGAGGACGAUGCGGAUCCUCGCGACCAAGUGGAGAGGGUAUGGCUGCCGGUGUACAAGUUCGAGGUGCCCUACGCGCUCACCGGGGAGCCGUGGAGCAUGCGCAGCGGCAGCCUGCUGGUGGAGGGCAAGGACGGGCAAAAGUUGGUGGGCGCCACAUCCAAGAAGUUGGAGGCGGACAGCGAUGAGGAGCAGACGCCGGCGGCUGCCAUUCGCUUGGGCCGUAUGGGCCCCUCGCGCUCCGCGCCGCCGGCGAUCACGCCGCGCACCACGCCCAACACCAGCAAGGCCAACAGCCGCGAGAGCUCGCCUAAGCGCGGGCCAAUGGCUUGGAAGAAGCCCUCGCGCAUGCCCAAGGUCCCUGAGAUGCGCGCCCCGGAGAUGUUCGGCAUCGUGCGCUCGGACGGCAGCACCAGAAUGUUCCCGGCCACCAACGAGAUCUUGGAAGAGGGCGAUCUCAUGAUGCUCUCCCAGGGAAGCGUCCGAAACUUCGCGAUGCUGCGCGCCAAGUCGCUCUUUGGGCAGUGGUGCGUGGGCGCUGGCUUCAAGAUGGUCUACACCUUGGACCUGCCCGGCCGGCGCCGCAAGUACAGGUCCAACGCCUUGGGCAAAGCCUUGAGCUCCGAGUUCAACGAUGGGGACUACAAGACCGAAGAGCUGGGGGACAAGGAGCCGGAGGAAAGCACCUCCGCCUUUGAGUUCGCCAAGGUCUUCAUUCUGCACUUCCUGGGCCCGGAGCAAUCGGGGGCGAUGUCCUGCGCCUCACGUGCCUGCUACCGCGCCUCUCGCAUGCCGAACUUGUUCCCCCAGGCCUCCGCCUUUGGCAUCGUCACAGUGGACGUGGAGCAGGACGAGGUGACUACAAAGGCCCAGCUCCUCUUCGGGUUCUGCGAUGACGUGCCUCACGAGAAGGGCUUGAGCAACUUCUGCGGCUUCAAGAGGAAAGAGGACUUGGACCGCUGCAUUGGAACCAGGUGGCUGCCUGUCUUCAACUUCCGCGUUCCGGAUGCUUGGGUGAAUAUCAGCAUCGGCGAGGUGCUCAUGGAAGAAGACCUGUCGAUCACUGGCAUUUGCCGGCGUGGCGCGGAUGUGUCGCGGGAGCUGUGGUUCCCGGGGGUCCAGGAGAAGUUCGAGGAGCAGGAUGAGGUAGUGCUGACGAUGACCAGCGCCAUGCUCUUCGCGGAGAAACAUCUGGAUGGCGCGAAGCCUCAUUCCCUGCCCUCCUGCAACAUCAUGGACGCGCGGAAGCUGCACGCGCAUUACCUCAGCUUCCUGUGGGCGUGGGAGAACAAGCGUCAUGAAGACCUGGAGCUGGACCUGGAGCUGGAGUUCGAUGUCCGCGCCAAGAAGAAUGCCAUGGUCCGGAUUUGAGGAGCAAAAUCAGUGAAUCUAUGACUGAACCAUGGCUCGGGCAAUGCCCGGGCAAGCGAGCGCCCUGCGUGCUCGGCGAAGCAUUACUCGUCCCAGACCUUUGGCUUGUGUGCAUUGCCUUGUUCAUGG